AUGGCGAACUAUGAGUUUGAUGAUGACACAGAGUUUGACUUGCCCGAAUCACCAGCACCGAUCAAUGCGACGAACGGCAUACCACCUGAUCAAAUGAAGAUGAUGCAGAGUAUGAUGCAGCAAAUGAAUGGUCUGCAAAGUGUUUCUUCGACAUCGUCUACGCCGACAGAGUCACACGUGGCCUUAGAUGGUCAAGAGGAUGGGCCACAUAAGAACUGGACAUGCGUAUAUCCAAUCUAUCUGGAUGCAAAGCGACGAUACAGACAUGGCUGCCGUCGCGUUCCGUACGAAAAAGCGCUGCUUUUCCCGAAUAGUCAGCUGAUUGCAAACGCAGCCAGGAAAUUGCAGCUAGAAUACAUGCAUGAGCCAUACCGGAAACAUCCACAAGAUUGGGAAAACCCAGGUCGCGUCAAAGUGCAUCUUUUUGAUGAUCAUGGGGCUCCUAUUCGUCCCGAAUUUCCUACAAAUGAUGAUGAAGAUGGGAAUGACGCAGCGUCGUCUUCUUCACAGCCGCCAGUGAACCGCCAGUUCCCUGCACUAGGCCGGCGCCAACGCAAGCGAGUGGUUAGGAUCGGCCGCUGA